ACUCAUCCGAAAUGUCCAUGCUGGCUGGUCCUCGUCGAAAAGUGAAACUUUCUAAAGAUCCUAACAACCUAAAUUGGAGUAACGAUGAAGACAAGUUUGGUCAGCGAAUGUUGGAGCGGAUGGGUUGGCAGAAAGGUAAAGGCCUUGGCGCCAAUGAAGAUGGGAAGGUGGACCACAUAGCAGUGACUCUCAAAAGUGACAACACUGGUGUCGGUUGCACAAAGAGCCAUGCAGAUAACUGGAUAGCCCAUCAAGAUGAUUUUGGCGCGUUGUUGGCGAAUUUGAACGCAAAUCAUUCUAACACCAACAGUGGAACCAACACUCCUGAUGCUGAGAAAGUCAUUAGUCUUGAAAGUCAUUCGAAGUCCGCUAAAGGCAGAGUUCAUUACAAGAAAUUCACACGCAGCAAAGAUCUCUCGGCUAAGAACACUGCGGACUUGAAUUGUGUGUUUGGAAGACGAAAGUCGAAGGGUAAUACUACAAGUAGUAUGCGAGCAGAGGAAGAAAUCGUAAGCGCAGACCCUGCCCCAGCCGAUGACAAGGAUAGCAACUAUGGCGUUGUCACGACAACGAGUAAACAAAGUGUCCAGGAGUAUUUUGCACAGAAGAUGGCCGAAUUGAAGCAGUCAAGGGACAAAGAGACAGAAUCACCAGAGAAAGGAAAAGUUGCAAAUAAUGACUUUGAUUAUGAGUUUGGUGCUGCGGUUAUCGGUUCUGGGGCAUCAUGUGAACUUGGCGUGCGGUAUGAAGAUGUUGAGGAUGACUACGGGUGUUCUUUUGAAGACAGAAUAGAGGGUGGUAUUCAAAAUGAGAUCGUUGUGAAGUCUAAGAGUGAUAAAAAGAGGAAAAGAAAGAAAAUGGUUGAUGAAGGAGAGGAUAUUGUUGAGGGGGAUAGGGACUUGGGCAAGAGUUCAGAUUGUGCUAUUGAGCCAAGUAAAAAGAAAAGGAAGAAAAUGGUUGAUGAAGGAGGGGAGGGGGCUGGGGACGAGCAUGUAGGUGGUGAUGUUGAGCCAAGUAAAAAGAAACGAAAAAAGGACAAGAAAAUGGUUGAUGAAGGAGAGGAUGUAACCGAGGAGACUGUGGACUUGGGCGAGAGUUUAGACUGUGAUGUUGUGCUGAGUAAAAAGAAACGAAAAAAGGACAAGAAAAUGGUUGAUGAAGGAGAGAAUGUAACCGAGGAGACUGUGGACUUGGGCGAGAGUGUAGACUGUGUUGUUGUGCCGAGUAAAAAGAAACGAAAAAAGGACAAGAAAAGGAGAAAGGCAGCAGAUGAGGAGGCUGUGUGUGCUGUAACUGAAAAAGAUAGUGUUAAGGGGAAGAAAAAGAAAGGGAAAAAGAAGUUGAAGAUGAAAGAAAGCGUUUCUGAUGAAAAUUUAGACAAAGAUGGUGUGGAGGAAGAAACAGAGGUUGCUGUUGAUACAGCAGUGGAUGUUGAUGUUGAUGUUGGUUGUGCUGAUGAAGGGAAGAAGAAGAAAAAGAAAAAGAAGAAAAGUGGCAAAAAGGAGGACCGUGAAGCUGAGGAAGGAACUACCAAUUCUGAAAUUGUAGAGAAAGAAGAACGUGUGCGGAAGACUAAAAAGGGGAAACGGAAGGCAGUGGCGAAGGCAGACGUUAAAAAAGAUGGUGAAAUAAAGGAGUCGAGUGGUGAAAGAAAAGUUGAUGAAGAUGAAAGUGAAAAAAGUGAGACUGAAUCUAAGAAGACAAGGAAAAGGAAACUUGUUAAAGAAAAGAAUGCAUCGUCUGCGUCAGCCGAUCCUGUUGUUAAUAUGAAGAAUUACUGGGGGCCAAAGCAGAACUAUUUUGACAAGGCAACGGGUAAGACUGUGCCCUUUGAUGAACUGGGCUGGACUGAAUUCAAAGGGUCUAAUAUUCUCAGUGUAACGGGUUAUUGGGGUGUGAGGUCUGGUUUUGUCUCCAGUGAGAAACUAUAGACAGUUAAUCCUGUUAAACGGUAGGGCAUGACAUGUUAUGAGUGUCAACUGCAACGAAAGGGUUAAGAUCAUUGUAAUAAUACUGAUUUUCAAACUGUAAAACUCGGGUUUUGGUCUCAUGGUGCUUUAACACAAAGUGAAUGUUUCUUCACAGUUUGAAUAUUAACCACAUCAGUUUGUUUUUUUUUGUCUGUUUCUGUUCAUGUAGCUGUGUAUUUUGAUAUUUGUCUCUUGAUAUCCUUAAUAAUUUUGUGGGGUCACUUGUAAGAGAUUCUUUUUCUUCUUCUUCAGCAGUGCAAGCUUAACCAGUCAGUCCGUUUUGGGGAAUGAAGUCCAGUGUCCAACAUAGUUCAGCAGAGCCCCAGGGUUCAGUGGGGAAGGUGUGUCCAUGUUUGUAUACGUAUCAGAAUCAUGUAAAAUUCUUUAGAAUAUGCCGCUUUCCUUUGAUCUUUAAAAUGUUUGAUAAAGUAUCCAUGCAAGUGCUGGUCACCAAAUGAAAUGUAUAAUCCCUUGGGGCUUGUGUUAAAUUACAAGAUAAGAGUUUUAUUUCAUGCGUAUUGCCUAAUUGAAUGAUAUUGUGAACAGACCAACUGUUUAAAUUAUGCGGAUAUCUGCUGAUGAAAUAAGAUGAUUUUAAUGA